AAAAGAGCAUGCGCCGCGUGGCGGUAUGACCGCGUACGACUUCUCCAAUGCCAUAACAAAAACCAGAGCGAAACCUAAAACCAGAUCUCGAAAGUUCGAAAUUCCUAAAACCCGCUUCCUAGGUUUUUCGGAGCGCGAGGGAGAGGGAGACGGAUCCAGCCCAGUUCUGUUCUUAUCUAGAAUAAGAUCUGAAGAAAAAUGGUUGCGAAUGGUGGAACACCGCCCAGGGGCAGUGCGGCAGCAGCUGCAAGCUUGCGUAGGAGGAGAGGUGGUGGUGCUGCCGGGGCUGCGGCUGGAGCAGGAGCGAACGUGCUCCAAUUCUACACGGAUGACACCACAGGUUGCAAGAUCGCGCCCAACACUGUCCUUGUCAUGAGCAUCGGAUUCAUAGCCUUUGUUGCCAUUCUGCAUGUCCUUGGCAAGUUUUAUUUUGUUGCUAGAACUUAGGUAGGUCCCAACAGUAAAACUUAGAUGUAGUGACUUAUAUCAUCUGAAUAAAUAGCCAUUGAUGGCAUUUUGGUUGA